UCGAUGAUUGAAUACGAAAAGAAAAUCAUUUUUCAAGAAAUUAGAAAUUUAAUUAUUUAAUUCAAAUGUGUAAAUUAUUUAUCAAUAACACAAUAAUGACAAAAGUGUAUGUUAAAUUCUCCCACGGGGUUUUCUUAAUGAAAUUCGUUUGAUGGAUUUUUAAUUGACCAAUGCGUAAAAUACACACGCCUCCAAAUGAAUUAAAGUUUUCAAUAAAUAACGUGAGCAAAAAUAUUGAUAAUCAUUCACAGGAGCGUAUUCAUUAACUAACAGUCAAUAUGAUGUGCAUUGUUCUUGUCGCCCUUUCGUGUGUUGUAACAAUCAAUGCUCAGCCUCUCGGCAUCGGUGGUAUGGGACUUGGGCUCGGCGGUAUAGGAAUGGGACUUGGCGAAAUGGGAAUGGGACUUGGCGGAAUGGGAACAGGUCUCGGCGGUAUGGGUACCGGUCAAGGUGGGAUGGGAAUGGGUCUGGGUACAGGUUUAGGAAUGACUGGACUGGGAACCGGUCUAGGAAUGGGUUUGGGUGGAAUGAGCGGUGGAUAUACUAACGGUGCCGGCUACGGUGGACAGCAAUUCGGUAGCGGCGCUAGUGGCAUGGGAAACCAAGGAUACAAUACAGCUGGUGUCAAUAACUUUCACAACGUGGGCGCCCACAAUAACAGGGUAUUAUCUAUAAACCAAGCAGACAGUUCUGGCUUCCACAACAUUGGCGGUGGCUCUGCCUUGAACAAUGGCGGUUACGCUGGCAAUGGUUACAACGGAUAUCAAAAUGGCGCUUCACAGUUCGGCAAUGGUUUCGGCUCGGGCUCUCAAUCAGGAAUGAUGUUAUAACAUGUUUUAUAUGUAAUAUUUUUCUUAUGUUGUUUUAAGUAUGUAUUUAUUUUUAUUGAAAUUAAACGUUAUUUUACCAGUU